GGCCAGUCUCUACUGUUACUCUCAGCUCACAGAGGACAUAUCCUGUCCCACACUAGAUCCUUUAUUUUACAUCUCAGACUAUUUACUAGCUUCUCUUUCUCUCUGUUCAAUCACUGUUCACAAUCUCUGCAGCUGCCUCAGAUUCUUAUCUGACCACAGUUUGUUUUUUUUCGAGUGCAGUUUCCUUGCCUACACUCUUAUUUCCUUGUUUGCUUUUAAUGUGUAUUUCGGAUCCUCCGACUUUUGCACACUAAGUUCUCAACUUGUGAGUAACCUCUUUUGCUUGUUGGCUGCUGAUUUUGUACCUAUGCACGGAAUACAUGGUGGGCGCAGUGCCCACCUGGACAAGAAGACAGUGGAGAGAGUAAUACAGAAGCUGGAUGUUUUGACACGGUAUAAUGGGUCGCCUCAUUUCCAGAGGGGUCACCCUUACCUUCCAGAUAUCACCAGGGACACUAAGGAGCACCUGCGUCAGAUCCUGGACAAGAACUCGGACUUCGGACAUAACCAUUACCUGCAGGUGACCAUUUACAGUCUUCUCUACAAGACCGAGCAGUGCAUACAGGUGCUUAGCAAACAAGAUGCUGUGGACAGGAGAACACUCACUAAGCUUUCACUAAUCUUCAGUCACAUUCUAUGUGAACUUCGAGCCUUGUUCCCCGGUGGGCGUUAUCAAGGAAACACAUAUCGUGUCACAAAACUCGAGGCAUCCAAUUUCUGGUCACAAACAUAUGGGAAUAGGUGUCUAAUAAAAUGGGAGGAGUUUAGAGGUGGACUUCAUCCUGUGCACAACAUAGAGGCAGGGCCUCUGGAAUCUGCACUGCGCAGUACAAUGGAUUUAACAUGCAAUGACUACAUCUCAAUGUAUGAGUUUGACAUCUUCACACGUCUCUUCCAGCCCUGGGAAACCCUGUUGCAGAACUGGAUGCUGCUGGCUGUCACCCACCCUGGCUACAUGGCGUUUCUCACCUAUGACGAAGUUAAAGAGCUCCUUCAGGGCCACACACACAAGCCUGGCAGUUAUAUCUUCCGGUUAAGUUGCACACAUCUCGGACAGUGGGCAAUUGGCUAUGUAACUGCUAAUGGCAGCAUUCUACAGACCAUACCUCACAACAAGUCUUUAUAUGAAGCCCUGAAUGAAGGAGAGAAAGAAGGCCUGUAUCUCUAUCCAAAUGGUUUGAACAGUAAACAUAGUUUGUCAUGUGUCGCUAAACCGAAUCCAAACUCGGUGAUUCAAGUGACCCAGGAACAGUGGGAAUUGUAUUCAGACAUGGAUUCCACCUUUGAACUGUGCAAAAUCUGUGCGGACAGCGAAAAGAACAUUCGGAUAGAGCCUUGUGGCCACUUAUUGUGUGACCAGUGUCUAACAUCCUGGCAGAAAAAUGAGAACACAUGUCCAUUCUGCCGACACAAAAUCACAGGCAAAGAAAAGAUUCACAUUACUUCACCGCCGAAGCAAGAAGAGCAUCAAACAGAAACCUCAGGCCCACAGACCUUCUCGGAGCCACCACCCCAUGAAGUGAGUAGUGAUCACUGUGACUCUCGUCCGUUGUACGGCUGUCUCUCUCUGUCCUGUUUCUGCAGUGCUGUGUCCUGUUGUCUGACCUCAUAGAAGACUGUCCUUCCUUAUGUGUGCAUUGGUGACUCCAUACAUGGCAUUAUAAUGUGACAUUGUCUUGUGCCAGGAGGGUGCUGACUUGGCCAGCACUUUAUCUAAAUCCUUCAUCGAUGAAGAGGAAGUGGACUGGAUUAGAAACCGACCCCUCCCACCACGCCCUGGGGCACCAGCCCUUCCAUCUUUCCACCCUUCAACAUUUGCUGCUCCACGUCCAUCAGCACCUCCUUUGCCCCCUCUUCCCCCUCACCUUCAAACUACUCUAUCCAGAAGAAUGAGGCUACACGCAACAGAUGUUAUCAGAGGAAGUCAUCAUUAACCCAACUAUGGAUGGUCUGAAUCUACAGAAAGUGAUUCAUA